CAUCAAGAAAAUGCAAAAGAAAAUUUCCCAUAUUUUCCCGAGAAAAAAAACCUAAUAGACUCCAUUUCCGCAGCUGUUUCCUAUCGGCUCACCCUCAAGAUCCGGUGUUCUUGGAAAGUUAUCAACCGUCUGAAGACUCUUAAGAAGAGGUUUAAAGUAAUAAAAGGUAUUCUGAGUCAGGAUGGUUUCUGGUGGAAUCCAAAUACGAAGAUGAUCGAGUGUGAUCGUGUUGAGCUUUGGAAGAGAUAUGUUGCGGCACACCCUGAUGCUAAAGGAUUUUGUGGAAAGCAGAUAGAGAUGUAUGAUCAACUUAAAAUUGUUUGUGGAAACUAUCAAGCUCCCGGUCGUUGGGCAAAGGUGAAGGAUGAUAACCACUUAGUGAAUAUGAAGAAUUGUGACGAUGAAUCCGCCUCCUUUGCAUCUCCCGUUUCAGAAAAUACGAGUGAGACAGAUGGAACCGAAUCAUACAGUGAGCCUCCAGAGUAUGAGCAGAUGCCCAAUGGUUAUCAAGAGGCUCCUGUCGUCCAUCCUCUAAGACAGCUUCCGAAACGGCCUCGAAGCUCGGAUGAGCUUCAAGAAGCAUUGAUGACCGUGGCAUCAAGCAUCCGGCGAUUGGCUGAUUCAAUGGAGCGCAGCAAGUGCUCCAUUGAUGCCGCUGAGCUAUUACAGGCUCCAUUUGAGUAUUUGAAUGCUGAUCCUAUCAAAGCCAGAGCCUUCCUGACAUACAAUACUAGGAUGAGAAAGAUAUACAUGUUCAAACAGUUCUGGUGGUGGAGGUAAGGGUGACCAGUGUAUUGAACGUUUUUGUGUAUAGAAUCUUUUGGGACUCUGUUGAACUUAGAUUCUCAAAUUGUUUGGGAAAUUAUUACUGAUGUGUUCGAAGUAGAAGAAUGUAUAGAUUCAAAGCAUUGAUGAGGUAUAGUCAUUUGAAAGAGACUGUGAAUACAUGAGCCUUUCUGAGUUCCUUGAAUUUUCUUUUUAAUUUAAGUCGUACUUUUCACUACUGUUUGGAGCAGUUUGGCGAAGUUCUCUCUCCACCUUGCCUGUUACCCCACCCUUAACUGAUCUUUAUAAGAGGCUUUGGAGAGAGAGAUAGAGAGAGAUAGAGAGAGAGAC